AUGUUACAUAAUUCCAAUCAAUAAGCUGCUAAAAGUUUGUAAUGCCUCUAAUUUUUAUAUUAGAUUAGGUAAUCGUCAAAAAAGAUUUGAGCAUACGAUGAAAUCAAUGUAAAAAAUUAAAACAUUUGUUGAUCUUACUUAAAGACUUAAAUUACUCAAUCCACUUUAAUUUAAAUAAGUUCAAAACAUUAUCCAACAUUUAAAAUAAUAAUCAAAAUUAAAAUAAUUCUUCAAAAAAGAUGAUGAUGAAAAAAACCAUAUUAUUGCAAUCUCUAAAUAAUUAGAAUUAGAAAUUGAUAUGCUUAACAAUAUAGAGAAUGAUGAAGAAAAAUAAAAUCUAAUCCUAGAUAUUCUUUAACUUGAUUUCUCUCCAAAUGAAAUUGCAACCAUGGUAUAAGAAUCUUCCAUGACACUUGAUACACAUCAUAAUUUACAUAGAAUUUUAGAAACCAUUAAUAAACGCAACCUAAGAAAAUAAUCAAAAAAUUAACUACUUGAUUAAAUCAAUACUCUAAAUUUUUUAUCAGACAUUAAUGAUGAUUCCUCAGAUUUCUAUAAAGAAACUAUCAGAAGUUUCAACUAAAAAAGAAAUGAAUAAUAGAGCAGUGAAUUAUCUGUCAAUGAAAAAUUUGAACUUCUUAAAAAAUAUUUACUUUAAAAAGGAAUAUAAAUUGAAAAGAAAGAAAAAGUGCCUCAUCAAGAAUAUUCCAAAUUUUAUGCUUAAUAAGCAAACAAAUUAAUUAAAUCAACAAAACUUAAAUAAUUAAAAUAAAUCCAUGUUUCUAGUCCAAAAGCAGGAUCUAUAUCACCAGAAAUAUUACAUCCUUAAUAAUAUCAUACAAAUUAAUAUUUAAAAAAAAUGGAGAAAUUAGAAAUUAAUUAUUAAACAAGUAAUAAUAUUUCUUCUACUACACUAAACACUCCUUAAAUUACUCCAAGUAAAUUACUCAAAUAAAAAUCAGAAGAAUUCAUACCAUCUUAAUAAUAAUAAAUAUAAACUGAAAGAAUUAUUACACCAAAAAGAAAAAGUAAUCAUUAAGUUAUCUCAACUUCUAAAACCAUUUUGCCUUCUCCAAUUGAAAAUGAAAAAGAAGAACAACAUAUCAAAAUUAAUUAAUAAGUUAGUUAUUUUCAUAAAAGUAUAGAUUAACUUAGAGAAUUUUAAGCAAAUACUAAAGCUGUUCAAACAUUUUUCAGAAUGGAAAAUAAGGAUUGUUUACAUACUAUGAGAGAUAUGGAAAAAAUAUUAAAAAAACCACUCAAAUAACAUUUUAAUGAAUUUAUGACUGUUCAUUAAGAAGAAAAUGAUGGAACUGAUUGUUUAGGAAAGAGAAAAAAAAAUAUGAAAAGAAAUAUAAGAUUGAAUAAGAUUUUUAAAUCUGAAUUAGAAUGA